AUGGGCCCGCGCAGCGCAGCGAGCCUGCUCGGAGGCCCCAGCCAGCGGAGGCCGCUCCUCUCCGGCGUCCUGUCGCUGCUGCUGCUGCUGCUGCAAGCGCCAAGCUCGGGCGCCGGGGUAGGCCGGCCGCCUCACUUGAUUUUCGUGCUGGCGGACGACCUGGGCUGGAACGACGUGGGCUUCCAUGGCUCGAACAUCCGCACACCGUACCUGGACGCGCUGGCGGCCGGCGGGGUACGACUGGACAACUAUUACACCCAGCCGCUGUGCACGCCCUCGCGAAGCCAGCUGCUCAGCGGCCGCUACCAGAUCCACACAGGUUUACAGCACCAAAUAAUCUGGCCCUGUCAGCCCAGCUGUGUUCCUUUGGAUGAAAAACUCCUGCCUCAGCUUCUAAAAGAAGCAGGUUAUACUACCCACAUGGUCGGAAAAUGGCACCUGGGAAUGUACCGGAAAGAAUGCCUUCCAACGCGCCGAGGAUUUGAUACCUACUUUGGAUAUCUCUUAGGUAGUGAAGAUUACUAUUCCCAUGAGCACUGUGUAUUCAUUGAUGCCCUGAAUGUCACACGGUGUGCUCUUGAUUUUCGAGAUGGUGAAGAGGUUGCAGCUGGAUAUAAAAAUAUGUAUUCAACAAACAUCUUUACUGAAAGGGCUACAGCUCUCAUAGCUAACCAUCCAUCAGACAAGAUUCUUUUCCUGUAUUUAGUUUUAAAAAGUAUAUGUCCACCUGUGGAAGUACCUUGGAAGAAAGACCUGAGUCCACAAAUCUUCAUUUUUAACAAGAAUAACCACCACCACUCUGGGACUGUUUCCACGAUGGGAGAUUUAGUUCUCUCUUUCCAUGCUAUUCUGAAAAGUGAGGGGGUAUGGCACAGGACAGUCUUUCUCUGGAGCAGUGAUAACGGAGGGCAGACUUUGGCUGGGGGCAAUAACUGGCCUCUUCGAGGAAGAAAAUGGACCCUGUGGGAAGGCGGCAUUCGAGGAGUGGGCUUCGUGGCAAGCCCCUUGCUGAAGCAGAAGGGUAUAAAGAACCGGGAGCUCAUCCACAUUUCUGACUGGCUGCCGACUCUGGUGAAGCUGGCGGGAGGACACACAAAUGGCACCAAGCCUCUGGAUGGCUUCGACGUGUGGAAAACCAUCAGUGAAGGAAGCCCCUCCCCCAGAGUGGAACUGCUACAUAACAUUGACCCGGACUUUGUGGAUGUAUCACCAUGUCCUAGGCACAGCCAGGUUCCAACAAAAGAUGACGCUUCCUUUCCAGAACACUCAGCCUUCAACACGUCUGUCCAUGCUGCAAUUAGACACAGAAAUUGGAAACUCCUCACGGGCUACCCAGGCUGUGAUUACUGGUUCCCACCACCAUCUCAAGCCAAUGUUUCUGAGAUACCAUCAUUGGACCCACCGACCAAAACACUCUGGCUCUUUGAUAUUGAUCAAGACCCUGAAGAAAGGCAUGACCUGUCACAAGAAUACCCCCAAGUCAUCAAGCAUCUCCUUUCCAGGCUGCAGUUCUACCACCAACACUCAGUGCCUGUGCAUUACCCAGCACAGGACCCCCGCUGUGACCCAGCAGGCACUGGGGUGUGGGGCCCAUGGAUGUAG